GCUUUGGGUAAUUUAGCUUCUGUUUGAGAUUUUCUUGCACAAGAUUCAAUUUCAGAUUCUUAUUAUAUGUGUUUGUUUAGUAUGUGGCCUAGUUGGAGAACUUAUAGUUGUUUUCAUAUUCAUAUUCCCCUAUUUCUUGAAAUUUUAGCUGUGCUUUUGCUAUUAUUAGCUCUAAGUAAUUUAUCUGAGCGCUGUGAACUUGGAUUCUUGGAGUCGAUUAAACUGAAUCUGGGAUUCCAUCUUCUUUAACAUUUCAGUUAAUUACAAUGUAAUAUUCUGAUGAAGAUACAAUUGAUGAAGCUUUAUUUUGAUUUCAAGAAAAUUGCUAUGUUUUGGAAAAUUAUAGCAGUGUUGUUGAUCGCGUUUCUAGCAUGGGCGUACCAAGCCUUGUGUCCUCCACCUCCUCGACUCUGUGGCUCUACCGGUGGCCCAUCAGUCGAAGGGCCUAGAAUCCGACUUAGAGAUGGAAGACACUUAGCCUACAUGGAGCAUGGAGUCUCCAAAGAGACAGCUAACUAUAAGAUCAUUCUGGUUCAUGGCUUUAGCUCUAAUAAAAACGAGGCUCAUAUAGCUAGAUCGGCGUUGGUCGAGAAACUGGGGAUAUACUUGGUUUCUUUUGAUAGACCGGGUUAUGGAGAGAGUGAUCCCGACCCAAAAAGGACGAUGGAAAGCACUGCGUUGGACAUAGAAGAGCUCGGAGAUCAACUGGAACUCGGCCCCAAGUUUUACGUUAUUGGGAAUUCCAUGGGAGGGCAAGUGGUUUGGGGAUGCCUCAAGUACAUUCCUCACAGGCUAGCAGGAGCGGCGCUGAUAGCUCCCGUUAUCAAUUACUGGUGGCCGAGUUUUCCUGCAAAGCUAGCAACAGAAGCAUACUAUGAGCAGUCCCCCCAAGACCAGUGGGCGUUACGGGUGGCACACUACUCUCCCUCGCUGGUUUAUUGGUGGAACACUCAGAAAUGGUUUCCUGCCUCUAGUGUUGCUGCUGGAAGACCUAAUCUCACUGCACCGGAUCUCCAAGUUCUGGCAAAAUUACACGCGAAACUGGUUGAUAGGGAUUAUUCAACGCAACAGGGAGUGUAUGAGUCACUUCACCGCGAUAUGAGGAUUGGGUUUGGGAGUUGGGAUUUUGAUCCGAUGAAUCUUGACAAUCCUUUCCUCGGCAGAGAAGGCUCCGUGCACUUGUGGCAGGGCGACACUGAUGGCUUGGUGCCCGUCACUCUGCAGCGCUACAUUGCAAAGAAGCUCCCUUGGAUACAUUACCAUGAAAUGCCAAAUGCAGGGCAUCUGUUUGCACAUGCUGAUAUCUCUGCCACAGAUGCUAUCUUGAACACUCUUCUGGUAGGCGACAAGUGAUUUUAGAAAUGUUGGAUGCAUGUAUCGUCUUCUUAUUUAUGUCUGUUGAGACUUCAUGUUGUAUGAAUUCAUUCCAACUCUUGAUAGAAUGUAGCUCACAAGGAGUUAGGAAUAAGGAAAUUGUGUACAAUGAUUUCAUUUGGCAGUUAUACAGAUAUUUUCAAGUAU